AUGUCACCCAUACAAGGAGUGGUGAGAUUUAGUAAGAAGGACAAGCUCAGUCCUCGCUAUAUUGGCCCCUUUGAGAUUCGUGACUGUGUAGGGCCACUGUCUUAUAGGUUGUCUUUACCAUCUAGCUUAUCUGGGGACCAUCUAGACUUUUAUGUGCCCAUGCUGAAGAAAUACCAUGGGAAUGGAUAUUAUAUCAUUAAGUGGGACUCAGUUUUACUAGACAAAGAUCUUCAGUAUGAGGAAGAGCCAGUGGCAAUUCCUAAUCGUGAUGUUAGGAAACUGAGGACCAAAGAAAUUAUGUCCAUGAAAGUUCAAUGGAAGCAUCGUCUAGUAGGAGAAGCUACUUGA